AUCAGACUUCAAGAUUGAGAGAUUCGCCCAAGCCCGCCCUCAGACGACGCAGGCCUCCUCCCCAGCGCCCUGCUCGACGUUUCUUCAUGUCACUGCGCAACAGCAAUGGCGUGCACCUCUUUAGCUAUUUCGGACGCGUGGUUCCUGGCCGCCAGCCAUAUUACGGGCCCCGUUCACUGCCUUCACCAGCACACGCCUACGCCGCGACAACCCCCCCUUCCCUCCACGCCCUGCAGUCUCGAAUCCUCAGGACGUCUACAAAAGGCCAGCACCACCUCGCAACAGACCCGACCACGCUCCUCAAUUGGUCCUCGACAGCCCAUCGCAUGCGACACAUAUCCCCUCCCGCGAUGACCUCCACAACCCAGUCUCGCGGCCACGCCGGCCACCACCACCAUGCGCAUGACAACACCUAUCUCGUUUCCAAGAACAAGAAUGACCCCGGUGUGCGGAUUACGCGCAUCGGGCUCUAUGUCAACCUUGGGAUGGCUAUAAGCAAAGGAGUCGGGGGCUAUGUCUUCAACAGCCAAGCACUAUCUGCGGACGCCAUCCACAGUCUCACCGAUAUGGUCAGCGAUGUCAUGACGCUGGCUACCGUCUCGCUGUCCCUGAAGCCGCCCUCGAAGCGCUUCCCCAGUGGAUACGGCAAGUUUGAGAGCUUGGGAUCGAUCGGUGUAAGCGGGUUGCUGCUGUUAGGAGGAGUGCUGAUGGGCAAGGCCGCAAUUGUUGCCCUCCUCCAGCAGUUCUUCCCCGAGAUCGCGCAUGAGGCUGCCCAUUGGGGGCUGAUAGGACAUGAUCAUCAUGGACACAGUCACAGCCAUUCGGACCUAGGACCGAACAUCAAUGCCGCAUGGCUAGCGGGUGGUUCGAUUAUGAUCAAGGAGUGGCUGUAUCGCGCGACUCUCAAGGUCGCCAAAGAGCGCAAGUCCUCUGUCCUCGCAUCCAACGCAUACCACCAUCGCGUCGACUCUCUCACUGCAUUCGUUGCCCUUCUCCUGAUUGCCGGUUCGAACGUCCUGAACAACGCGUCUUGGCUAGACCCAGUCGGCGGUCUAGUCAUCUCACUUAUGGUUAUACAAGCAGGCUGGGGCAACACCAAGGCCGCUUUCUUCGAGCUGGCUGAUGUCGGCAUCGACGAUGAAAUGCGAGAGAACGUUAGGAAGUCAGCUACAAAGGCAUUAGACACACUAAACACCAGCUCAGCUGCAAACAACGUCGAACUCCGUUCCGUGCAGGGCGUAAAGGCCGGCCAGAACUACCUUAUGGAUCUUAUAGUAGCAGUGCCCGCGAGCUGGACAGUUGAGCAGACACAGGGCGUGGAACAAUUGGUCCGGGAACGAUUAGGCGCCAAAGUACGCGGCGUGAAGAGGGUCAGGGUGCGCUUCGUGACGAAAGCCGACACGCAAGACUUCAUGGACGAGUUCAUCGGGCCUGAUAUCAGUGCUCAGUCGAGCCCGGAGGAUAGCUACGACCACGACCACGAUCACGAUCACGAUCACGAUCACGAUCACGAUCACAGCCAUGGUCAUGACCAUGAGCAUGAACAUGAGCAUACAAACGGCAAUGGCAAAGUGGUCAAGAGGAAGUAGAACUGUAUUAUAUGUACUUGUCCCGUCUCGCAUCUCCAACGUCUGGGAGUUUUGGGUAUGGAAGGUUGGAAACGGUGAUUUGCAUUGGCGAUUUGCACAUUCUCUGGAGCUUGUGCUUGGUUGGAUGGCGUACUUUUCUAAUUCCUCCAAAUGGUAGGCAUAUCGCUCUAUUCAUCGUGUACAGAAAUAGGGCAGUGCCGAUGUGGAUGUUGUAUAGAGAACUACUAGACUCGCAAGAACUUCAAUUCAGGAGUGUUCCAGUCGAUUAGCUUUCCAGAUACAAAAGUAGCUAACAAUAAUUGAAUCGAUGUGAGAUCAGG